GAUUUGUGAGACUCCGGUAGACAAGAUUUUGUUAAAAAGUGAAAAAUAUAUAUGAUCGUAUAAGUUUUCAUGAGUGAAAAUAAUUAAAACAUGAUUUUAUUGUGUAUAAUAUGAUGCGUAUCAUACAUUGUAGCAUGCUUUAGAGCUGUGGGUUAUUACAAACAAUGUCAGACGAUGAGGUAGAGAAAUUUGAGAUAACUGAUUAUGACUUGGAGCAUGAGUUCAAUAUUAAUAGACCUACCAGGAGGCUAACAAAGCAUCAGCAGAUAUAUGGUAUCUGGGCUGAUGAAAAUGGUGAUGAAGGUGGAGGAGGAACAUCAACUAGAGCCAGCUUUAGGGGUGCAGUUGGUGGAAAAGGAUAUAGCUAUACAGCCCCUGUAAGUUUCGUCUCUGGUGGCAUACAGCAAGCAGGCAAGAAGAAGCCUGGUGAAAAUGAGAAAGAGAAGGAAGAAGAAGAAGAAGAAGAAGAAGAUAGUGAGGAUGGGGAGGAGACACGGGCUGGAUUUGGCACUCGGAGACGGAGAGGUGCUGAUAUAGCUACUACAUCAAGUGAGGAAGAUGAGGGAAGCGGAUUAGAGUUCCGGCACCACAACAAAGUCAACUCAUUUGUAGAUGGAGAUAUUGCUGGUUUAAGAAGGAAGAAAGCAUCAACUGUGUCUACUUCUCUGAUGCAAAAAGGUGUUGGCAGUUGGGAAAAACACACAAAAGGAAUUGGAGCGAAGCUAUUGUUGCAGAUGGGUUUCCAGCCAGGAAAGGGCUUGGGAAAGGACCUCCAGGGUAUCUCUGCACCUGUAGAAGCCCAUUUACGCCGUGGAAGAGGCGCUAUUGGUGCGUAUGGACCAGAGAAAGGGAAGAACCAACAGCAAUCUAUUGAGGUCGUUGAUUCGGAAGAGGAAGAAGAAAGAGAGUUUGGGGAGAAGCUCUCACAGUGGAGGCGGAAGGACGCUGGGAGCAAGAAGCGUAUCCGCUAUGUCUACAAAAGUGUGGACGAUGUAUUGGAGCAGGGUAAGACCCAGCCCUCGAUCAGGAAGGAUUACAGUCAAUUCAGCAAGGUGAAAGUGAUCGAUAUGACCGGACCACAGCAGAGGGUGCUAACAGGCUACCAUGCAAUUGCCGGCCAGCAGAGGCCAUCAGAAGAACUGGAGGUACGAAAAGACAAGGCAUUUACAAAUUUUGCUUUGCCUGAGCUCCAACACAACCUCAAUUUGCUGUUGGAUAUGUGUGAACAGGACAUAAUCCAGAAUGAUCGUCGAUUGCGUUACACAAAAGAUCAACUGGUUGUUAUGACUCAGGAGAAAGAUAGACUUAAAUCAAAAGUAAAAGAUCAGGAGCAGCAAAUAGAAAAACUACAAGCCCUUUUGACAAUGAUUGAUGAUGCUUUUAAGGAUGGGAACAGUUUGACCCUUGAUAAAGCAGCAGCAUGCUUCAGAGAGGUGCAGGACCGAUAUUAUGAAGAGUAUCGUAUGUAUGAGUUGGAGAAGCUGGCAUGUGGCUUGGUUGCACCCUUGAUCCAUGAGAAGCUGAAAUCGUGGAAAGCUUUAGAAAAUCCAGCAGAACCAAUACGUCUUUUCCAAACCUGGAAGGAUAUAUUGGAAGUUGGACAUCCGCCUGGGACAGAAAAUGGCCCUUAUCAGCAGUUGGUUUGGGAAGCAUGGAUGCCAGUCAUUAGAACCGUUAUUAGCACAUGGAAUUGUCGAGACUGUGAACCUGUCAUCAAUCUCCUGGAACUCUGGCUGCCACUGUUGCCAACUUGGGUCUUGGAAAAUAUCAGAGAGCAGCUAGUUUUGCCUCGUAUUCAACGGGAAGUGGAAGAAUGGAAUCCUGUUACUGAUACUGUCCCUAUACAUGCAUGGAUACAUCCAUGGCUGCCAUUGCUUGGGCAUCGUAUGGAUUCUACUGUGUUCCCUGUCAUUCGUAGUAAGCUGAGCAAAGCAUUAGUAAAUUGGCAUCCUUCAGAUCAUUCUGCAAGGUUGAUGCUGCAGUCCUGGAAUGCUGUUUUUCCUCGUGGUGAUAUGGAAGCUUUCCUAGUGCAUAAUAUACUGCCAAAAUUGCAGUUAGCAUUACAAGAAAUGACUAUCAAUCCACAACAGCAGCAGUACGAUCAGUGGAAAUGGGUCAUGGACUGGCAAGAUCUAAUACCAACACACACGAUGGCCACCCUGCUGGAGCGAUUUUUCUUUCCCAAGUGGCUGCAGAUACUGACAUUGUGGUUGAGCCAUAAUCCAAAUUAUGAAGAAGUGACGAACUGGUACACUGACUGGAAAGGCAUGUUAUCUGAGAAUUUACUUAUACAACCUGGAAUUCAGGAACAGUUUAGGAGAGCACUGGAGAUGAUGAACAGAGCAGUAUCAAUGCAGUCGCAACCAUCAUCCCAGCCAGGUGCUGUAGAAUCUGUCUCGUACCUCACCAACAUCGAACAGACCCCUGCUGCUCAGCGUGGGAAGGAACGGAUGGAGAUGCUGGCAGAAGCUGUUCGUACUGCAAGUCAGAUACCACAAGGAUUUAAGGACCUCAUUCAGAAGCGUUGUGAGGAACGUGGUAUUGUUUUUGUGCCACUUGCUAAUAGGUACCGUGAAGGCAAACAAAUUUAUCGCUGUGGAAAAGUUCAAGUGUACCUGGAUCGCAAUGUUGUUUUUGUCAGUUAUAAUGGUGGAAGCACAUGGGCUCCAACAUCACUUUUUAGUGUGUUGGAAAUGGCUGCUUAAAAUUUUUGCAAGUGUUCUUUGUUGUGCAAAGGGGCCGGUGUUCAGCAGCAUUUAAAAAGAAAUUAUAUGCUGUUUUAUAGUGUUGUGUCAAAUGAGAAGAGAAAUAAGUAUGUGCAUAAUUGUGUGACAAUGGUGUGAUGAAAGCGGAGACACUGCCUGUGAUCAAAUUAAGACCUCACUUUUUGAUCGUGAAAAAAAUUCAGAUUAUGUACAUAUCGAAGCGAAUUGCUAAUUUUGUUUAUUUUUGUACUUGUAUUGUGAAGUUUAGGCUAAAUGUCUCAAAGUGAUAUACUGUGUAUUCCAAAAUUUUAAUGAAAUAUGUUGUAAUAUUA